UGGCAGGGGAGGAAGGACAGCUUUCCGUGUCUUGCAGACGGUUGGCAGGGCAGCUGCUGCUCCUGCCUGCUGUUGGCUGAUGGAGAGAUUAUUUCUAAGCUCUCCCUUCUCUCCACCCCCCUUCCCUUGCAGGACCACACUGUCUGUCCCUGUGGGACUUGGAGCGCAGUGCCCGCUGCUGAAGCAAGACAGCCUUCCAGCCGGCUCGGCUGGCUUCUCACAGCACAGACCCCCCAGACCCUCACCUCUCGUGAGGAAAAAGGCUUCUGUAUCCUUUUACAAACCUAACCCGCCCCCUAGGGCUCUCUGCAGCUACCGGGGAGAGAGAGAGAGAUGCAGAAUGAACGAACUUCUGCUUUCUGGAGGAGGCACAAGAAGGGUUGGAAACUAACUCUGCUGGAGACUGCUGUGUUUGGAAUUUUCUCUUCCCCUUCAGCUCCAACACAAACCUCUUCUCCGGCCACCGAGAUAUGGGCUCCCCUUGUUUGGCCAAGGAACAGCUGGAAUCAGGCUGCCUAAGACAGGAGGAGGGGUAGACCCACGUCGCUGGUCGGGACAUCUUGGUGAUGUCCAUGCCUUCAAGAGACCACCCCUACAGUUCCUACAGACCCCUCAGUCAGCUCCUGCCUGGCCCCGUGAAGCCACGAUCCACCAAGGGCCUGUACUACCACAGGGUCCGGAAGGUGGGUGACCUGGACAUGUCCCCUGCAACCGACCUCAAGGAAGAGAUUCUGGUCAACGUGGGGGGCCGGCGGUACCUCCUUCCCUGGAGCACGCUGGACGAGUUCCCGCUGAGCCGCCUGAGCAAACUCAAGCUCUGCCGCAAUUACGAGGAGAUCACCCAGCUGUGCGACGAUUAUGACGAGGACCGCCAGGAGUUCUUCUUUGACAGGAGCCCCAGCGCCUUCGGGGUGAUCGUGAGCUUCCUGGCGGCCGGGAAGCUGGUCCUGCUGCGAGAGAUGUGCGCACUGUCCUUCCGGGAGGAGCUCACCUACUGGGGCAUCGAGGAGGCCCACCUGGAGGCCUGCUGCCUGCGGGAGCUGCUGCGGAGGAUGGAGGAGCUGGCCGAGCUGCGCCACGACGAGAGGCUGCCUCGGCACCCGGAGGUCAGCGGCCCCGCGGAGGACGCCUCGCGCUGGGGGCUCCUCAUGGACCGCCUGCGGCAGGUGGUGGACAACCCGCACUCCGGCCUCCCCGGCAAGGUCUUCGCGUGCCUCUCCAUCCUCUUUGUGGCCACCACGGCAGUCAGCCUGUGCGUCAGCACCAUGCCCGACCUGAGGGCCGAGGAGGACAAGGGUGAAUGCUCUCAAAAGUGCUACUAUAUUUUCAUCGUGGAGACCAUCUGCGUGGCCUGGUUUUCCCUGGAGUUCUGCCUGCGGUUUGUCCAGGCCCGGAACAAGUGCCAGUUCUUCCAAGGGCCCCUGAACAUCAUUGACAUCCUGGCCAUCUCCCCAUACUAUGUGUCUCUGGCGGUGUCCGAUGAGCUCCCGGAGGGCGGCGAGAGGCCCAUCAGGAACUCCUAUCUGGAAAAGGUGGGGCUGGUGCUGCGCAUCCUGCGGGCGCUGCGCAUCCUGUAUGUUAUGCGCUUGGCCCGCCACUCCCUGGGGCUGCAGACGCUGGGGCUCACUGUGCGCCGCUGCACUCGCGAGUUCGGCCUGCUUCUCCUGUUCCUCUGCGUGGCGGUCAUGCUCUUCUCCCCUCUGGUCUACGUGGCUGAGAAUGAGUCCGGGCGGGUCCUGGAGUUCACCAGCAUCCCGGCCUCCUAUUGGUGGGCCAUCAUCUCCAUGACGACGGUGGGCUAUGGAGACAUGGUCCCCCGAAGUGUGCCGGGCCAGAUGGUGGCUCUCAGCAGCAUCCUCAGUGGGAUCCUCAUCAUGGCUUUCCCAGCCACGUCCAUCUUCCACACCUUCUCCCAUUCCUACCUGGAGCUCAAGAAGGAGCAGGAGCAGGUCCAGGUCCGCCUCCGCCGCCUCCAGAACAACACCGCUAGCGAACGGGAGCUCCUAAAUGACGUGGAUGACCUGAUCCUGGAAGGACCUGCCUUGCCCAUCAACUACAUUUAACUCAGACCCCUUCGUGGGGACAUGAGGAGCUUGGCUCCUGUACCUUCAACCCAUGGCUCUUUGCUGAAACCAGCUCAACAAUAUCAAGGCAUAGAUCAUCUGGUCGUUUCUAGAGCUCUGGGGAAUACUCCCAAAGCUAGGAGGGACUCAGACCAAAGAUGUUCAGGCUUUGUGAUUCUUGACCCUCAUGGUGACCAGGCUGACUUUACCCAUCUCUCUUGCCUUUAUCUCUCUUCCUGUUUAUUUACACAGCAGGUCCAGUUUCGAUGGUUAGAUUGGCCUCCUUUCGUUCUCAUUUCCUUCCCAGCUGAGUCUUUAACAUACCAAACUGAGCUCUGGAUGAGCAUAGAAAUUGUCAUCAUUGACAUUUGAAUAUCAAGUCUACAGAAUUCCAUUCUUCCUCUAAGUCCCUCCUUCCUGAAAAUCCUUCUGAUCAGAUCUUCCCGCCCAAAUUUGUGGGGUCUCAGCCUUUUCAUGGGUUCUAGUAGGAAUCAAUACUUUCUCUCUCUGCUUGCCACCACCAAAGGCAUUUCCCUAAUGCAGCUACCUUCCCCCAGCUUUGGAAACUCUUAGCCAAGAAAGCAGUACUGGCCUCUUUGCAUUAGAUUCCAUGCAGGCUGCGGGUGACUGCAAGCCUGCCUCCCUCCUGACACACCUGGAGUCCUGGGCAGGAAUGCCUCUUUCCAGCACAGAAGGUCCUCCUCAACCAACUGGACUCUUUGUGGGACAUCCUCCAGAUAUCUAAUGCUUGGCCUUGACAGAGCUCCCAGUUGUCCUUUUGGAGAGCUUCUCCUGCCGCUAGCUUCUCCAGCAUUGCUGGGGACCUUGGCUUUAAAUCCUCAGCUAAGCCUUCUUGAUGCAGCACCCACAGACACUGUGCAGCUUCGGUGCAGAAGCAAGGGCAGGCUUGAGGUUAGCCCCUUGCCAGCUGCCUGGACAAGGCUUCUUGAUGCCUGGGGUCACAUCCUCAAUUUCUUUUUAAUUUAUUCAUUCAUGUAUGAGCAGAUUCUUCCCUUUGCAUGUAGUGGAGGAGGAAGACAUAGGACCCCAUCACUAGAGAUAAAAGCAGUGCAUACUGACACUAGAGAGAAGAGAGGUUAGGAUUCUGAAUGGAUACAAAUGGCUUCAUAGAGGGAUAAGGAGAGCUGAGAGUGGAGGAUAUUUUGGGAGAUGAAGCUGGAAACGUGGAUUGGGAUGAGAAUGAGUUGGCCCUUGAAGGCUUGGCUAGAGAAUUUGGCCCUUUUGGUAGAUGGUGGGGGGUGGGGGGAGAUACUGAGAUGUUUGAGGGAAGGAGUGAUAUGAACAGGCCUGUGGGUGAGGUUGAUGAUGGAGUUUGGGUGGAGUAGGGGGACAACUGGUUUGGAAUGGGGAAUGGUUGAGUAGUUCAGACAAGAUAUGAGGGCUUAUCUCUCCCAUGUUAAUAACUGUAGAAGCUGGCCUGUCAUCUUUUUGCCUCCCACCAGAACACGUAUGGGAGAUGUCUUGAUGGCAUGUCCCAUGGGUGAAAAGGCCAGUUUUUGCUGUUGGCUGUAAGUCAACUCAAGGAAGCACCCACCCAAUGCCGUUGAGUCGAUUCCAACUCAUAGCCACCCACACUGGGAUGCAAAUGGGUGACAUGAAGUAGUUGGAUCACCUACAAACCUGAUGUAAUCUAUGUGUGAGGGCAUUCAGCAUUUUAAUACUAGUGAGAAGUUACUUGCUGUUCAUUCGUUCUAUUAGUAUUUAGUGAAGACCUACCACACUGUGUGCAGGCAUCAGGGCAGCCGAAGGCCCUGUCCUGGGCAGCACCCCACACCCUACACCAGCAUCUAGCUUUAAGCUAACCUUGGCUUCAUAGGGAGCCCCAUUUUCUCUGGCUCCCUCAAAGUGCCCUGUCAGCUGACGUGGGCAUACUUCCCCAUCAGUUGAUCCUAAGAAUCAACAGGGUGCCCCCAGUACUCUUCAAACUAACAUUUCACAGACUGAGCUGUUUGCAUAGUGGUAUGGUGUCCAGUCACAAAGGGAAUGUGCCUGCAUCCUGUGAGAUUUCUACCUGCACAUGCCUCUCUGCUCCAAGAAGGGACUGGCAGAGUCUCAUGAGCAUUUGGUUGAGACACUGUGCCACCAAGCAUCCUGGACAACAUCCAUGAGUGUUUUGUUCUAGAUUAAUUUGUUAUAGCUACUCUUAGGCAAAGUUUAAAAAGGUCAAAGCUUCUAUUAAUUCUUUUAACACUAUACUUGGGGGUAUAAAAUAGGUGCUUGCUGAGAUCCAGACUUAUACUCCCAGUGUGACUUUGAGCAAGCCCCUUUCCAUUUCUGGGCCUCAGUUCAUCAUCUUUCAACAGAGGGGUUGGGAGUAGACCUGGGGCUCUACAAAGCACCCUGUAUGGAUGGAGAGGACCAUUGAGCAGGCAGUCCUCUGCAUCCAGGGUAUGACAUUUGCAAAUGAUGGCAAAAAGAAUGUGUGAAUUUCUAGACACCCUCCCAGACAGCCAGUGAAUGCCCUUCCACAGCCCCUUGAACUGAGGUGGCAAGCUCAUCCCUGGAACCAGAAGAGUCCUCAGCAGCCACUGGAAGACCUGGGACCCACAUUAGAUCCCACAUUUGGGCCUCUCAUUGCUGAUUGAAGACUUUUUUUUUUGAGCUGCAUGCCUGGUGCAGUUAUUGCCAAUUACAGUUCUGCCAGUCACUAUAACUGGCUUCCACCCAGGCAUCUCCAUUUUCCUGUUUCACAUACUAGGCAUCUGAAAAAAAAAAAAAAAAAGUGCCAGGGAUAAAAGGCACAUUUAAAGUCAAAAUUGGGUGAAACCAUCACCAACAUUAUGGGAUUCUAUAGUGUCUUAAUUCCUGCCCAGUUGGAAUUCUCUGAUAAAUUAGAAGUGGAAAAUUGGAAUUGACUACUUGCAUGUGGGGCUUAAUUAAAUGCUCUGUUUUUCCCCCUGAUAAUGUUCCAGGAGAUUGAUCUAAAUAGUUUGAGUCUAGACUGAGCAGCCUUUCCUCCAUGCUGAAUGGAUGGAAUGGGGGUGACAAACAAGUUGAUAGUUCCUUUCUUUAUUCCCAUUGGCUGAAAAGAGAUGUUGUAAUCCCCCAAAAAGCUCAUUUUUUCUAAGGCCAAAUGGUAUGACUGUAGCCAAAGGUAGAAAUUUUCCAGCUAAAGGCAAAGAGUAAAUGGCCCUUCGCUUCAAGCCAUUUUCAUGUUGUAUCACUGUCUUAGUUAUCUAGUGCCACUAUACCAGAAAUGCCACACAUGGGUGACUUUAACAAACAGAUAUUUAUUUUCUUACAGUUUGGGAGGCUAGAAGUCUGAAUUCAGGGUGCUGGCUCUAGGGGAAAUCUUCUGUCUUUGUCCGCUCUAGAGAAAGGUCCUUGUCUCUUUUGAGCUUCUGUUCCUGGGCGAUCUUCAUGUGGCUUAGCAUCUAUCUUCCCCCAUCUCUGCUUCUUUCAUUUACUUGUUUCAUCUCUUUUAUAUCUCAAAAGAGAUUGACUUAAAACACGCCCCACACUAAUUCCUGUCUCAUUAAUAUAACAAAGACAACCCAUUUCCAAAUGAGAUUAUACCCACAGGCAUAGAGGUUAGGAUUUACAACACAUAUUUUGGGGGUACACAAUUCAAUCCAUAACAAUCACAGACAUGGUUCCCAGAGGUAACUUUGUUGAGCCGAAGAAGUGAGCUGCGGAAGGGUGCAGUGGAAGGUAUCUAGUAGGGCUUGACCCUGGAGGUACUGGGGGCCCAUUGAUUCUAUUUUGUUGGUUAUGCCUUUACUUUAGAAUGUGAUACCUGGAAGGGCCAUCACAAAGUAAUCAGCCCAAGGGUUCUUCACCAGGCAUUUCCAUGAGGGAUCUGUGAACUUCCAUGAUUUUGUGCAUUUCAAAGUGCAACGCACCCAGCGUUUCAUCAGAUUCUCAAAGGAAUUCAUGACUUCCCUAAAAAAGGGAUUAAAAACUCUGAAAUAAACUAACUCCACCAUUUUAAGAUGGAGAGACCAAUGCUCAGAGAGGGGAAGCCACUUGCCCAAGGCCACUCAGCCAGUUCAUUUAGUCAGGUCCAAGUACCCUGAUUCCCUGUAGAACACUGUCUGUAGUAGAUCAUGCUGGCUACUCUUAUGAUCAUCUAAAAGCGUCCAAGCCUUCAAGGGAAAUAUUUAAAACAAGAUUAUAAAAUCACUCUACCAUCCUAUCCUGAGCAGAGUAACAAGGCUUAUCUGGGGGUGUGAGGCACCAACUCUCACCCUUUCUUUGUUGUGUAGCAUUGGACAUGGCAAUUGAUUUUACUGGGUCUUCUUUUUCUUAUUUAUCCCAUGGACUAGAUGGUUGUUGAAGUCCUUCCCCAAUUGGCCAGUCUGUGAUUCUGGGAUGUUGAGCUCAUUCCAACAAUUUAUGCCUGCCUCUAUCCAGUGUUGAAGACCGCAUUCGGCAUUUUCCAGGCCUGAGGGGGCUCUAACCAAGGGCCUCUCCAAGAAUACAAUGUUGGUUAAAAAUAAAUCAGAAUAAAGGAAAGCUGGCUGUCCCUGCAGGCCCUGUGGCCUCCUCAGUCACCCACAGCUAUCCAUCAGAAGGCAGCCCUCCUGAGACUCUAUGGCAGGCUACUUCCACAAGAUGUGUGGAGAAUCGCUGGGUGAGUUGUUCAGCUGCAACUGUGACUUUCAUGGCACACCUUUGCCGUGAGGCGAACAAAGCUGGGGCACACUGGGCUCCAUGUGAUGUGCCUCUGGAGUGGAUUUGGGUGCCCUGAGCCAAAAUUAGUCAAUCUCGCUGCUUUCAAAGGCUUCUACUGUCCUCCAGCCAAUGACCAGCUUGAAAUAAGAUCCGCUUGAAGAAGCUCAGAACUUUUACCUUGCGCCUUUCUGCUUUAACUGUUAGGGCUCCCCCAACCCCGUGCAACUCUGAAAGAAGCAUUAAACAAAGUUAAGAAGUGA